UAAAAGGAAAACGUUACUUCAUUGGAGAAGAAACAACAUCCUCUCUCUCUCUCUCCCUCUCUCUCUCUCUCGCCACAGAUGAAGAAUUACAAGCAGCAACAAGGCUCACCGCCAUCAAAUACAAAGCUCUUCAAUGCGCAAAUGCAUCUCCAAAACCUUGUCUUUUAUUUUCUUCUCUUUUGCUCCGGUUUAGCCCUUGGAUUAACACUAAGUUUCUAUCUUAGAGAUUUCUCCUUCAACUUCCAACUCAACCAACUUCUUGAUCUUCCGACGAGUACUGCCCCGCCGAAGCUAUCUCCCCCUCCUAAUUCGCUUCCUCCACUAAUGCACAUUACCGAGAAGAAUCUCACCCGAGCGGGGUCUCCUCCUCCUCCUCCUUCCCUUCCAUUGCAGAUUACCAAGAAGAAUCUCAGCCGGGCCGGGUCUCCUCCUCCUCCUCCUCCUUCCCUUCCGUUGCAAAUCACCGAGAAGAAUCUCAGCCGGGCCGGGUCUCCUCCUCCUCCUCCUCCUUCCCUUCCGUUGCAAAUCACCGAGAAGAAUCUCAGCCGGGUCGGGCUAACAGAAUACUUGAAACCGCCGAAUGCUAUGCACGACAUGGAAGACGAGGAGUUGCUAUGGAGGGCUUCAAUGGUUCCUAGGAUUCGUGGAUUCCCAUUCAAGCGCACCCAAAAAGUGGCAUUCAUGUUUUUGACAAAAGGGUCGCUGUCAUUGGCUCCCCUGUGGGAGUUGUUCUUUAAAGGAUACGAAGGUCUCUAUUCCAUUUACGUGCACCCCAAUCCAUCUUUCAACGGAACAAUGCCGGAAGAUUCUGUUUUUCAUGGCCGGAGGAUCCCAAGUAAGGCAGUGAGAUGGGGAGAGUUUAGCAUGGUGGAGGCAGAGCGCCGCCUGCUGGCCAACGCGCUGCUCGACGUGUCGAACCAGCGGUUCGUCCUCCUCUCAGAGUCGUGCAUUCCUCUAUUCAAUUUCUCUACAAUCUACAACUAUCUCGUGGGCUCCAGAAAAACAUUCGUGGAGGCCUACGAUUUACCAGGCCCAGUGGGCCAAGGCCGAUACAAUCCAAGAAUGAGCCCCACAGUUAAGCUCGAGCAGUGGCGGAAAGGCUCCCAAUGGUUUGAGAUGGACCGUGAGCUCGCCACCGAGGUAAUCUCCGACCAAACAUAUUUCCCGUCGUUUGGGAAAUAUUGCGUGCCAUCGUGUUACGCCGACGAGCACUACUUGCCGACAUUCGUGAGCGUCAGGUUUUGGAGGAGGAAUUCGAACAGGACUUUGACUUGGGUUGACUGGUCAAAGGGUGGACCCCAUCCAUCAAGGUUUCUGAGGUCAGAUGUGACCGUUGAUUUUUUGAAGAGGCUGAGGCAUGGAAGCCGAUGCGAGUACAAUGGGAAGAGCACCGACAUAUGCUAUUUGUUUGCAAGGAAGUUCACGUUGCAUGCUUUGGAUAGGUUGUUGAGGUUUGCACCGAAGCUGAUGCAGUUCAAUUGAUUUUUGAUCAUUAAUUAUAGGGAUAGGUUGAUGUUCAUGAAAAAUCCAUCGUACAUACAUGCAUGAAUUGAAUGA